AUGUAAACACGAUUAGCUGAAGCAAGUGCCGCUGUACAACAAAGUGGACGCAAAGUACGCAACAUGAACAAAGAUAACUCCAGCAUGCAAAUGGAUCCGGAACUGGCGUUACGGCUGCUCGCAGACGGCGCCGUUUUGGCCAUAGCUGGCGUUCCGGUGGGCACAGAGUUCGGCAUUGACUUGUGCGCCUAUACGAUAGGGCCGGAUUUUCGCGGCGUCAAGAUGAUACCACCUGGCGUGCAUUAUGUGUGGUGCGCUUCGCGCGGCCCCUAUGGCGAUACGGCGCCACGUGUUGGCUUCGUGCAUUUCUUCCAGCCCAACGAGAUACUCGUGCGCGAAUGGGACAAUGAGCUGGAGGAGCUGCGUCCACGCCAGACAGCGGAUCCGGAGCUGGAGCGUGAGCGCAUACGCAAGAAUCUGGCGCAACUGGAGCGCGUGCUGGCGCCCUACGAUUAUCGCUACGUGUGCCAGUGGAAGGAUCUGACGGGCAGCGUUACCGAACCGUGUGUAAAACGCUGCCAGCCGGAGCUGGGCACAAUCCGUACCAACAUUGAGCUGCAAUCCUGCACGGAUGCGGACAGGCCACGCGGCGGCGCCGACAGCAUCAGCAGACGCAACACAGCUGCCAAACUGCUGUUGGACGAAAGCGAUAUGCUGCCUCAUCUGAAGCCCGUGGAGGGCACAGCGCCGCGUUUCUGUGUGGUGCCUGCGCGUGUGCCACAGGAUGCACUGCCGGCGGAUGUGUCACGUCAUGCCAUGGACUGCAUAGCAGCUGUGGAUAGGCUAUUCGAGAGCUUUGGCAACAAGCCGGAUGCGCUCAUUGAGGAACUGCAACUGGCAUUUGUCUUCUUUUUGGUUGGCUAUUCGGUGGAGUCCUUGGAUCACUGGCGCAAGCUGCUCGCCCUGCUGGCCCACUCGGAGACAGCCGUGGGCAAGCACAAGCUGGCCUUUAUGAAGUACAGUGAAGUGCUGGCCCACCAGCUGCCCCAUCUGCCCGAGGAGCUGAUGGCGCCCACCACGCACAACACAGUCUACAAGGAUGUGCGCGAGCUCUUGGUAAAUCUCUACGCUGGCGGUCUCAUGGUGAAUGCGGAGCGUCUGAUGAAGCGACUGGCCAAGGAGCUGGGCUGGCACUUCGAAGGGCUACUCGACGAGGAUCCCGAGGAGCAGCCGGUGAUCAUAGAGCUGGCACAGUAAGGCCAAGGAAAUGGCCUCAGCGCAGCGAAUGCUGGGUGCGCAGAUAGUUCCACAGAUCCCUGGCGGUGCGUAUGCUGACCAUAAACUG